UACUAGUUCAGUUCGUGAGAGUAGUUUGAUGUGCAAGUGCGAGGUUGGGGUAACUCAAAAAGGAAACGUGUCAGUUAUUAAUGAAGAUCGCACGUUAUCGAGCCAUUUACUAUAAGCAGUAUUUAUGACACACAGUUGUUGGAUGAACCUUUAUUUUUUAGCUUGAUAGUAAAAACCUAAAUGGUGCUGAGGCGAUUUGUGGCACGUCAGGACCAGGCGGGCAAGAAGUAAAAACUAUUUGUAAGAUGGCGGACUCUGGUUAUUAUCAGGGGGACUACAUCCAGCACCCGGUGCUAUACGAGCUGAGCCACAAAUAUGGCUUGCAGGCCGACUCGGACCCAGAGGCUGCCGCCCUGCCGUGUAAGCUGGAUGAGUUGAAGGAGCAUAUCCGCCGGGAGAUCCGCAAGGAGCUGAAGAUCAAGGAAGGCGCCGAGAAACUGCGGGAGGUGGCCAAGGACAGAAGAAGCCUCUCUGAUGUGGCCACCAUCGUGAAGAAAGCCAAUACGAAAUUGGCAGAACUGCAAGCAGAGCUUCAGGAGCUCGAAUCGCAGAUCAUCCUGACGCAGGGCCAGACCACGCCCAGCCCCCCUCCUGUCACGCUCAACAAUGGCCAAGAUGCACUGCUGUCAGUGGUGUCAGGGCACAGGACCCCCACACAGGGGGACGCACUGUUCAGUGACCUGCGGCUUGUGUCCCUUGAGAAGCAACUCAACAUUGAGCUCAAGGUAAAGCAGGGUGCUGAAAACAUGAUCCAGAGCUUAACCAGUGGCCAUUCGCGGGACAAGAAACUGUUGCAGGAGGCCCAGCAAAUGCUUGCUGACUCACGGGUUAAAAUAGAAUUCCUCAAAUUACGAAUCCUGAAGAUAAAGCAAAAUAAGCAGCUCCGUCAGCAGCAGGGAACCGGUGCUGGUGACACGCCAAGCAAUGGCGACAGUCAUCAAGUCAAAGACAGAUAUGAACCGAACCUGGAGCCCCCGCUGGAGGACCGCGUGGAGGAGUUGCGUCACAGGCUGAGGAUUGAGGCUGCCGUCGUGGAGGGAGCCAAGAAUGUGAUCAGGCUGCUGCAGAGCUCCAGGGUUGCCGACAAGAAGGCGCUGCAAGAGGCACAGGCAAGUCUUGCAGAGUCCAGUUGGAAGUUGGAUCUGUUGCGGAAGUCACUCGAGCUUCGCAGACAGGAACUUCCGCCUGAUUCUCCCACAGCUGCCCAACUGAAGAGGGAAUUGCAGAAUGUGCAGGCUGCUAGCCCAGUUCCCGUCACGUACACCAGUCUGCAGCCCUUCCAUGGGCAGGGGGAUGGCACCAAGUCAGCUGGUCUGACACCCUCAUCCUUCACUCGGUGUGCCGCAGUGACUGGGAAGCUGGAAGUGAGAUUGAUGGGCUGUCAAGACCUAUUGGAGGAAGUUCCUGGGAGAUCGCGGAGAGACAAGGAUGUUUUGUCGAGUCCAGGUGACCUGCGAUCCUUUGUCAAAGGUGUGACAGGACGCAGCUCCAGCAAGUCAUACAGUGUCAAGGACGAGACAAGCAAUGAGAUAAUGGCAGUUAUAAAGCUGGACAACCAGACAGUGGCUCAAACAAACUGGAGGCCAUGUUCUCAGCAGGCUUGGGACCAAAGGUUUUCGAUUGACCUAGAUAAAUCUCGGGAGUUGGAGAUUGGUAUAUACUGGCGCGAUUGGCGAUCUCUUUGUGCCAUCAAGUUCUUGCGUCUGGAAGAGUUCAUUGAUGAUAUUCGCCAUGGUAUGGCACUACAACUUGAACCUCAGGGAUUGCUUUUUGCAGAGAUAAAAUUCUUGAAUCCAAUGAUAUCACGGAAGCCAAAGCUCCAGAGACAAAGAAAAAUCUUCAAGCAACAAGUGAAGAACUUCCCACGACCAAAUCAGAUGAACAUAAAUGUGGCAACAUGGGGCCGCUUGCUCAAAAGGUCAUCACCCUCAAUCCAAAACAACCACACUCAGCCAACCUCAGGAAGUCCUCCAUCAGGUAUGCAGCCCCUUCAGUUGUCAUUCGACAUGUCCUUGACAGAAGACAAACCUGAAGCGCCUGGCGAGGCACCUGAUCCACAAGCAGGCGGACUGUCUGGGACACGCCCCUUGGGACUGGGUGUGGCUGUACUUCCCCCUCUGCCUCCAGACGCUACUGUAUCUGUGCCAAUACUUCCCUCAGCUGUUGCCCAGAAGAAGCGAAGCUCACCACUGCCCACGCCUCCACCCCCUCCGAGGCUUGAUGUUGAGCUGCAGAGUGCACUGCGGGAGUUUGACUUCCUGCAUGCAGAGGAACGUGGUUCACCUGACCUGGGCCCCCCACCGCCACCACCCACUGUUCGGCCAUCGGCUAGCACUCCGGAGCAACGUUCACCCUCACCUGAACCCGUGGUCCAGUUUCCAGAGGAAGAGGUUGUGUAUGAACAGGUAGAAGUAGUGCGGCGCCCAUCUGGUCGUGGACUGGAGUACCGAGACAGUGCAUAUGAGUCACGGAGACAUUCACAGUUCUCUGGCAUGUCCAUGGACAACUUCCGUUUACUUAGUGUACUGGGGCGAGGGCACUUUGGCAAGGUGAUCCUGACACAGUAUCGCAACACUGGUGAGUACUUUGCCAUCAAGGCACUGAAGAAAGGUGACAUCAUUGCCCGAGAUGAAGUGGAAUCACUGCUGUCAGAGAAACGCAUCUUCGAAGUUGCCAACACCAUGCGGCACCCGUUCCUAGUUAACUUGUUUGCUUGCUUCCAGACAGAGGCACAUGUUUGCUUUGUGAUGGAGUAUGCCGCUGGUGGGGACCUCAUGAUGCACAUCCACGCUGAUGUGUUCACGGAGCCACGAGCUGUGUUCUAUGCUGCUUGUGUUGUGCUGGGCCUACAGUACUUGCACGAGAGUAAGAUUAUCUACCGGGAUUUGAAACUGGAUAACCUGCUGCUGGACACAGAGGGAUAUGUGAAGAUCGCUGAUUUUGGCCUGUGCAAGGAAGGCAUGGACUUCGGGGAUAGAACUGGAACCUUCUGUGGCACACCUGAGUUUCUAGCACCAGAAGUGUUGACUGAAACUUCAUACACGCGUGCUGUGGACUGGUGGGGCCUUGGUGUUCUCAUUUUUGAGAUGCUUGUUGGAGAGUCUCCUUUCCCAGGUGAUGAUGAGGAAGAAGUUUUUGACUCAAUUGUAAAUGAUGAAGUCCGGUAUCCUCGAUUUCUGUCAUUGGAAGCGAUUGCCAUCAUGAGGCGGCUGCUUCGUAAGAAUCCUGAGCGUCGUUUGGGCUCAAGUGAACGUGAUGCUGAAGAUGUUAAGAAGCAGGCAUUUUUUCGCACCAUUCAGUGGGAUGAACUACUAUUGCGCCGUGUCAAGCCUCCAUUUGUUCCUACAGUGCAUUCUGUGGAAGAUGUUAGCAACUUUGACGAGGAGUUCACCUCAGAGAAGCCGCAGUUAACACCACCGAAAGAACCAAGACCCUUGACUGACGAGGAGCAGAACUUGUUCAGGGACUUCACAUACAUGGCAGACUGGUGCUGACAUCAGAUGGGGUCCCACGCAGGGAAGUGAUACCAGUCUGUGCCAUGUGCAAUAUUUCGUUUGUAACCUGUCAGUGUUGCGAACGAUGCAGUCGAGGUGUGCCACACAUGCUGUGCAAGCGAUCAGGUAUACUGUAGAUUCAGAAUGCCUGGUUAGAGUCUGACAGGAAACUACACUGAGGAAUAUUUAAAACUCUUAUUACAGGAAACAGUUUUUAAUCUUGAAUGCUGCAUAGUGUGUUUGCGGACUGAAUGUAUGCUGCUUACCCUGUUGAUAUUGUUUUUAUGAAUCCCUCUGGGUCCUCCUGUAGUAUUUUAAAUAAUUAUUAUUACAGCAGAAUAUAGAUAUUUUGAUAAUCCCAUGUUUUGGAACAGUUUUUAUUUCUUUUGUAAAUGGAAAACAGGUAAUGCAAAACUGUUUUAAAUGAAUUGUCACUUUACAGUUUUCUAUACUUAGAGGAAUGGUGUGCUGCGCUGAUUCCUGCCGUUGCAGUGCAGAGAUAAAUGUGUUCCACGGCAAUCUAGCAAUAAAUCAAUCUGAUCAGUCAUUGGCAGCAUACAUCAACUACAACAUAAUGGAAAGUAUCACCAUGAAAAGAAUAAUAUUUUAGAUCAGCAUUUACUGACCUAAUACUGUGUCAUGAGCAGUAUUAGUUCCAUGGUGAUAAUUUAUUUUUAAAUAAUAUCAAAAAAAUUAACUACCUUUCUGAUACUUGUUUUUUUCUUUUCUUCCCCCAUCAGUCCUCCACCUGCUGUGGCUUGAGCUAGUAGGAAGCAAAACCUGCAUCCAGUGCAGAUAAAGAAAGUACAGUUUUUUAUUCAUUUGUAACAUUUAAUUCCUCGACUUAAGGCAGUAGUUGCAAAGUAAUUAUCUAGUGCUCAAAUCUGUAGAACUUAGCAGUGACUCUUUGCAGCCACCAGUUGAAGACUGAGAAUUUGUUGGAGAGCUCUGUGGGCUUUCUCAAGAUGGCAGCAGGAUCUCGUCUCUCAACUCGUAGCAGUAUGGGAAGAGAUUCUUUCUCUCUUUCUAAUUUGUAUGAUUAUUGGUGCUUUGAGUGGUAUGUAAUAGGUGGUGUAAUGUUUGUCUGCCCUGUACACAAAAUGUAGAAGUGGGAAUGAUGGGAACUUGUGGCGAAGACUCUCUGAAUUUAUACCAUUGACCUUCCAGUGGAUGCUCCCCUCAUGACAGUGGACUGGAAAUUUACAAGUACUGUACAUAUUAAAGAUUGCUUCAUAUAAAGGCAUAUAGGUGUAUAUAUUUAUUUUAAGUUUUAUUUUAUAAUAGAACUGUAUGUGUACAUAUUUCAUAACUGUGAGUGAGAAGAAAGUUGUAAAGUAUAUAAGUGCUCCUUCCUACAUCAGUACCAUUUGUAUUACAAGUUGUGUGUAUCACUCAUGGCUGGCAGCUGCUGUGAUUGGCUUCAGGCAUGCAUGGUGCUAAUCCAGACCAAGUGCAGAAUAUUGUAUGAAUGUAGGAUAUCACACUGUAACAAAAGGAGGACCCAGAAUGUUGAUUUGUAAAAAUCUGGAGAUUGCAGUGGGAGGGGGACUGCAUUCACAGCUUGUUUGACAGUAGUUGUCUCAUGAUCCACAGAAUUGAUGUUAGUAAUGUGACUUUUGGGUUUGUUUAAACAUUAAAUCAUUGGUGCUGCAUAAUUUCUCAUAAGUAUCAACAAAAUGAUACAACAUAGAAUUGGCUGUGAAGCUAAUGGGUUUUAUUGUAACAUGUCUGGUAAGGACAGCGGCGCCUUCUGUUACCUGUACAGCACUCCCUUGUAUUAUGGAAGGGACAUGUUCUUAAAUAUGUCUGUAUCAUGAAAUUCUCAUUUUCCAUUGACUAUGUUACAAGUGGAGCUGUGUUCCUGCAAACAUUUUGUUGGCCCACAUUUGUAAUAAAAACACUAUUUUACCCGUCACAAAUAUAAGACGUACAGAAAAUAAACUUAAGAAAUGUA